GAUUGUACAGGUGCUGGAAGUGAAUGUCCCCUGUCUCACAAGCUGCUGCCUGUCCGUCAGAAGGCUGGUAAUCCACUGACAGAUAGACGUGGGAACAGAAAAUUGGUGUAAUUUAGUCCAGAGAAUAGCUGGGAUGAUGGUGUUGAAAGCUGAACUGAAGUCCACAAAAAGGAUCCUUGCAUAUGUCCCUGGUCUGUCCAGAUGUUUCAGGAUAUGAUGCAAUCCCAUGUUGACUGCAUCAUCCACAGACCUGUUUGCUCGAUAAGCAAAUUGAAGGGGAUCUAGAAAGGGUCCAGUGAUGUCUUUCAGGUGGACCAACACCAGUCUCUCAAAUGACUUCAUUACCACAGACAUCAGGGCGACAGGUAUGGCCUCACAAGUCUUGGUCUACCCACCACAAGUUUUUCAAACACAGACAAGUGCCUUUUGUAGUGUGAAGAAACUCAAAGUCGAGCCCAGGAACUGUGUUUACCAUGACAGGGCCUACCCACAGACUUACUUGAAUGGUAGAACCCUUGGCAUUGCAUAUCCAACAAAACUUACUCCUUUGUUCAAGACCCGAGAUUCUGCGGUUGACAGACACCACGGACAAGAUAUUCCAUUGCAGACGGCUGCUGUACGAGGCAUACAGCGACAGCAUACCACUGCAGUGGCACCGCAACAAAAAGGAGGCAUAUCCUCUCAGGGCAAGGAGCCGGAGCAACAGGACAAAGGAAGGUGUAGCAGCAGUGGAACUUUAGGAGCAGCUGGAGGGGGUAGGGGAGAGGGAAGCGACAGGCAAGGAGGAGGAGGUGGAGAAAAGGGUGGUGGUGUUGACGAAGGUGGUGGGGGAGAGGACGAGGGUGACGGGGAAGGGUGUGGAAGUUUGGACUUGCAAGAUAGCUCCCACAGAUGCGGCUUGAAGCGUAAGAGCGAGGAGCUUGAGAACUUGGGGAGCGCCAUGCAGAUAGUGGAGGACCUGCCAAUGUUACCUGCAAUGUUGCAAUCAAACGUGGGAAACCCAACAGUUGCAGUGCCAGCUGCAGUUGGUGGAGGGCCUGCAAAGCAAGGCAGAAGUUCUGGAAGUGGGGAUGGUGACUACCAGUUGGUGCAACAUGAGUUGCUCUGCUCGUUGAAGAACACCUAUGAGGUAUUGGACUUCCUCGGUCGAGGUACUUUCGGUCAGGUUGUGAAGUGCUGGAAUAGGGGUACCAAUGAGAUUGUGGCGGUCAAAAUCCUAAAGAAUCACCCGUCGUAUGCACGACAGGGCCAGAUCGAAGUGGGCAUCCUGGCCCGCCUCAGCAGCGAGAACGCGGACGAGCAUAAUCUGGUGAGAGCGUUGGAGUGUUUCCAGCAUCGAAGCCACACCUGCCUUGUGUUCGAGAUGCUGGAGCAGAACCUGUACGAUUUCCUCAAGCAGAACAAAUUCAGCCCGCUACCUCUGAAGGUGAUCCGCCCAAUUCUUCAGCAGGUGGCCACAGCGCUGAAGAAGUUGAAGGUGAUGGGACUGAUCCAUGCUGACCUGAAGCCUGAAAACAUCAUGCUGGUGGACCCUGUACGGCAACCCUACCGGGUGAAAGUCAUAGACUUUGGCUCAGCCAGUCACGUCUCCAAAGCAGUCUGUUCUACGUACCUCCAGUCACGGUACUACAGGGCUCCAGAGAUCAUUCUUGGUCUGCCGUUUUGUGAAGCCAUAGACAUGUGGUCUCUGGGAUGUGUGAUUGCUGAGUUGUUUCUGGGCUGGCCUCUCUACCCGGGAGCCAUCGAGUAUGACCAGAUUCGCUACAUCUCUCAGACGCAGGGUUUGCCUGGAGAGCAGCUGUUAAAUGUGGGGACAAAGACGUCUCGCUUCUUCUGUCGUGACUCCGGCUUGCCGUAUGCGGUCUGGAGACUCAAAUCCACAGAAGAACAUGAGACGGAGACGGGGCUCAAAUCAAAAGAAGCCAGAAAAUACAUAUUCAGUUGUUUGGAGGACAUAGCGCAUGUGAAUCUCGUGAUGAAUCUAGAAGGCUGUGAUUUGUUGGCAGAGAAGGUGGACCGUGCAGAGUUUGCAGCUUUGCUGAAGAGGAUGUUGUUGAUCGAUGCAGAGGAAAGAAUCGCCCCGAGUGACGCUCUCACGCAUCCCUUUGUCACCAUGCAACACCUGCUGGACUUCCCCCACAGCAACCACGUUAAAUCGGGUUUUCACAUCAUGGAUGUGUGUUGCUCGCGCCCAGGUGGAUAUGACAGCCGGACCAAGCCUCCAUUUGUCAGGACGGUCCCAAACAGCAGCGCAGCACCCAGCCUGACCCUGCCCUUCUGCAAGAUGCCCAGCAUUCACUCUCAGGCUUUAGCCUCAUCAGCCUCAUCAGUGAUGCAUCCUGGGAUACCGCUCCAGACAGGAAGUGCUCAGUUUGGUGACUCUUUCCAGCAGGCACUGAUUCUCUGCCCCCCCACCAUACAAGGUGUGACAGGUAUUCCUCCCAACCCCAAUAAGCCAGCGGGCUUCUCAGUGCGCAUGGAGAACACAGUGCCACUGGUGACGCAAGCCUCUGCCAUUCAACCUCUCCAGAUCAGACCAGGCCUCAUUACACAGCAGGCAUGGACGAAUCGUGCUCCGCAGAUCCUGGUGCCCGCCUGGCCACAGGUGACCCCAGUGGCCCCCUCUGCAGCGACACUGGCCUCAGAUACAGUGGCAGGUCCACAGAGACUAUCAGACUGGGGGAAAGUUCAUUCACAUGGCAACCAUUACAGCUCAAUGAUGCCCCAUCCCCAGCCAUUGCUAACAAACCCAAUGACCCUGUCUGCUCACCAACCAAUCAGCAUAGGCAUAGCUCAUGUGGUGUGGCCACAGCCAGCAGCUAACAAGAGAAAUAAACCAUCUUCAAACAGAAGUACCAACUUCAUGCACAGCAUCAACUCCCACAACUCAGCAUGCCAGUCCCCAAAGAUACUAGAGAGUGCCAAAAACACAGAGGAGGUGAAGGCAGGGUUGGAGGCGGUGCCAGAGGAGGAGCCUGUGUGCUGUAAGGCAGAAGCAGAUCGUCAGACGCAGAGACAGAGCAUUGUGAUUGCUGACUCUCCGAGCCCUGUGGCCAGUGUCAUCAGCAUCAGUAGCGGAACAGAUGAGGAGGGACCAGAUGCACAGAAACACUCAAUAGAAUGUAAGGGUAGUCCAGAGUGUGAGGCGUGUCAGAGCACACUGAAUAUGGAGCGAGUGUGUUCACUGAGCAGUCCAGACUCCACCCUCAGCACCAGCUCAUCUGCAUCAGAGCACUCCAGAGCUUCACCCCUCAAGAGACCCAACAGCAUGUCAGAUGAUGAGCAUGAGAGCGGCUGUGAUACGGUGGACGGCUCGCCCGCCUCCGUUUCCUCCAGCCGAGCAGACAGCCCCUUUCUGGAGAGCACGUUUAUUGAGGACAACAACCAGAACUUGAAAGCUGCAGAGACAGAGUCUGUCAAGCUGCCCGUCCGCACCAUGGUGGUGCCGCCCAUGAGGGUUCACAACAAUGAGCCCACCGGCCGCACAGGUCAUAUGACUGAGGAAUGUGUGUCUUUAAUGGGUAACAGACACGGUCCCAGAGCAAUCAUGUCCACCCAAAGUCCACAGUGGUUCCAACAGACAGCUGCCGUACUCCACGUUACUGGUGAAUCGGCAGCAGAAGAACGCGCCGGCUUUCCCGCCCCUGCAGCCCCAUCAACAGCAGCUCACUUUUGGACAGGUCCAGCAUUAUGGCUCCUCCCACCAGGAGUGGAAUGGCAACUACAGCCACCGCCGGCCUCAGGCAUUCAUCCCGCCCACCGUACAUGGCCACACCUUUACUCUACAGCAUGGCAGCCCCACACACACCACGGUCCACCACGGCGUCCAUACGCAUACCCAGCCCACUUUACUCUCCUACCCCCCUUCAGGGCCCUUGGUGACAAAUGGGUCUAUGGCCCACCUCUUGGCUUCACCCGGGGCCACGCGGAAUCACGUUUUUCAACCGGCCUAUGGCCUCUCCCAUCCGGCAGGUCACCUCAUGCACCAGGUCACCGUGGGGCUCAACCCCCGCCUCUUGGCCUCACCCACCCUCCACCCUCAGGGUCAAUUCAAGCCCCUCUUCCCCCCACACUCCUUCAUCGCAUCACCCGCGUACGCAGGUUUCCCCCUCAGUCCCACCAAACUAAACCAGUACCCGUUUGUCUGAGACGCGCUCCGCACACCUCUUGAGGUCAGAAGGGCAAUCAACUCCACCUUAGCCUCAGGCGUAGCGAGAAACCACAACACCACCUGGUUUUUGUCCCCAAAGCCAUGGCACAAGAGAGAAAGCAAGCAAUUUUUUGGGUGAAUCACGACAUAGACUUGAGUGCAAUUACAAUGAGCUUUAAAAAAAAGAAAGAAGAAGAGAUGUUUGGAAAGUCUUGAGCAGGUAGGUUGAAGAAAGUCAAAGGUUGGAGAACGUACAGGAAUGAGAGAUUGGAUAAAUUAAUAGACAACUGUUUUGCACAUUUGAUACAUCACCCAAUUGGAUUUUCAGAUGAAUGCUCCUUUAAUGAACAUCAACAGCGUAUGGUGUUCAAAAUCAUGUGAUGGUCAACUUAUUUUUAUAUAUUGCCUUUUACCUUGUAUAUGACGCAUCUUUCUUUGUAAAAGACCCAGUGUCUUGUUCGAUACCGACAAGAUGUGUCCACUUGCUGUGUUUUUUUGUGUUCAAGUAUUUGUAUUUUUCUCUAUGUCUUUGGUGUUUUUCGGAACGGAGUCACAAAUGGGUCGUUCGUCAAGCGCUGCAUGAGUUGUGUUGCAUGAGCUGCAAUGUCGCUCAGACAGAAGCCUAGAGGUGCUCUUAACACUUCAAGAGGCUUGAUGCAUCAUUGUCUCCAACCAUAGUGCCUUAUAUAUUGGCAGUCCAGUUCAUGUUACUACUACACUAUUUAUGUAUAUAAAAUGUGUUUGUGUAUAUACGUGUACUGGACUGCAGCACUUGCAAUUCGAAUAGUCCGUGUGUGUGUAUAUGUAUUAUGUAUAUACACAUAGGUGUGUUAUUUCAUGCAUAGAAAGGCAUCGACGUACUGCAUUGCACAAACCGCAGUGCUUAUUUUUGGAUCCAAUGUAUAUUUGAGAUGUAGUAAGUUAGUUACUUUUCGUUACGUCAUCGGAGGAUGGCAUGCUUUUGCUGCAGAGAAUGCUUGCUGGUUUUAUUGUUGAUGAUUUAUUUUUAGUUACCUCGAAUUAACGAGUUAUGUAAGGAAUUCAUCGAAUACUGAUGUCUAUUCAGAAGAAUUUCGUACUACUAACAGUAUUUUUACUGUUUAGUGAAUCUGCAAUACAAUCUAAAUAUAAAAUAGAUAUAAAGGUAAAGUUCACCCCAAAAAUCAAAUUCUAUCAUAAUUUAUUCACUGUUAUGUUAGUUCAAACCAGUUUGACCUGAUAGAGACCACCUCAGUCACCAUUCACAUCUCCUUCUGCGUUCCACAGAAUACAGAAAGUUAUACAGUGGUGAGUAAAUGAUGACAGAAUUUUCAUUUUUGGGCAAAUUGUCCCUUUAAGUGUUUGUUUUCUUUUUUGUCUGCGAAUUUAAAUUCUUGGGGUUUGUUUGUGUGACACAAAUGCAAAAAUGUCUUUGAUUCAGGGUUAUAGACUCAUCUUGUAUUUUUACUGCAGACCAUGCAGUAUUUGAUGUAUAGACACACAUAUGAGUAUAUAUAAUAUAGAGUUAGUUUAUUUAGUGCUUGACAAGGUGUGUUAAUGGUGUGCAAUCCUCAUUUAUGCAUGUGUGAACUUUUUUUUUUCCCUUAAUUAUACCAUUAUAUCAUGUGCUGAAAGCUUGUUGGUGUCAACUGCAUUUCAUACAUUCCUUCAGGGAGAAAUAAAUAUAGGCGAUAUAUAUAAAUACAGUAUAUGCUGUGUGCAUUUUAGUUUUUUAGUUUGUUCUGCUUGGUUUGUGUGUUUUUUCAAAUGAAGUUGCUUUUGUAUCACCAAAGACUGUAAUUUGUAGGCCCUGUUCUAAAAUCUAUUGAGUUGCCUGUGUAAGCAGCGUUUUAAGGACGCACAGGUCCACAUAAAUUUGGCUGCACAAGCACAGUCUGGACGACCCUUGCGGAUGAUGAAAUUGAUGUCAAACAACAUAAAACAGAAGUAUACCUUAAGCUUAAAUAUACUUAUAUUUAAUUAGAUACUGAAAAGAAUUAGUUAAAAAGAAUGAUCUAAUUACAAAUUGACUUAUUUUGUGUGCCAGUGUCGGGGAAGAUAUUUUGAAACUGUAGCUUCAUAAGCUACAAGCUAAUUGUAGCUUAAAAUACUCAAACUUCAGUAAAGCUACUCUUUUAACCUCGCGAGACCCCGCAUCCACAUGCGUGGACAUUACAUUUUGGCUUCGCUAUAGGCUAUGCUUAAUUUAUUUGUUUUAAACCAACUGAUCUCAGUUCCCAGGGUUAAACUUUCAUGUGAUAAAACAACAUAAUGCCAAUCUCAGCCAAGUUUGUUUUGCGGAGAAACUGCAACAAAACUACAUCUGGUAAGAAACCAGUUGAGGUUUUCACAUUAAAACCUGUUUGAGUCAAAAGAGUCUCUAGUUUCAUCCGAUAUGCCAUUUUAAAUAUUGCAUUGCAAAAUGGCACGCUGUUAAACACAAUGUCCACGUAUGUGGACAGUAGGACUAACUGUGCAUUAUCACAUUGAGAAUCAAUGGAUGCAUCCAAAAGCUGAAAAAUGUUGCUUUCAGAGGCUGCAUACAUAGUUAGGAUGAAAAUAAGGUGCAUUUCAAUCUGUUCUGAGACCAGUGCAGACAGACAGCACACUGGAGGUUAAGUCAUUCACUAAAUAGGGAGAAAGGGAGCAUCCUGUAGCUUUCUAAGCAGCCUAGUGUAUUCACUUCUAACAUCUGGUCAAAAGUUCAAUUUCAGGCUGCAAAUGAUGAUGUUUGGACCACUCAACAUGUUUGGCAGACAUGGGAUAAUGGUAAUACAUAGAUUCAGACUUAUUAAUUCAGCUUUAUAGAAAAUCAGCUGUAAUGUCUAUAAUGCCUCAAAAACACGAAUAACCAACACUCCUGGACACAUAAUAAACUAUAUGAUGAAAAAAAUCUGACUUUCUAUAGCUUGAAAUUACUUAAAUUUCACAACUUAGUCCCGCUGUCCACAUAUGAGGACAUCAAUGUUUAGGAAAACGAUUUGCUCUAGAAAAAAAUAUGUAAUGUUUUGCUUGUUUAUUAGGUGCUACUAGUUACAAAUCAAAAAGGGAAAUGGAAAAUGCACACAGCAGUCAUCAUGCUGGGGCCUCAUGAGGUUAAAGCAAGCUACUAACAAAAAGUAGCUAACUACAUUGAAGCUAUUUAAAGAAGAAAAUGUUUUUAGAUAUUGUGAUGGGGUGAGCAAGUGACAGACACAGUGGGUGUGGCGCCAGGCCUCGGAGAGGCGAUUACUUAAAAUAAUAAUAAACAGAAAAUGUCCAAAAGGGGAAAUUUAAGUGUCCAUUGGGGAAAGUGUCCAAAAUAAAGGGGAAUCUGGCAUGCUUGCGGUGAGACGGGACUUUUUGAAGGUUGGGGAGUGUCCAAAGGUAUGGUCCAGGACGAGGUGUGGGUCGUUCCGCCACAAUAUAUAACAAACAGAUUAUGUUAUUUAACUUCUGAUUGCAGAGCUCAAUAAUAUCACCUGAGGUAUAUAUUUAAUUAGGGUUACACUAAACAAAUAGCGUGACAACAUUAAAAUGAACAUAAAUGAAUACUAAUCCGAUCCCACAAGAAUUCAUCACAACAAAUUUGUACCAAUUCGUACAGGUUCAUUCGUACAAAACGUACAAGUUAUACACCCACAAAUGAGAGACGCUUACCUCAUGCCCUUGUAGUUCCCAAUGUGGCGUUUGUGCCCCAAUAAUCCAAAACUGUUUUCGUAACUUUAACCUCUGAGUGUAACACCUUACCCUACCCAGAGCAUAAAAAUAACCUUGAUAUAAUUGGUAAAAGCCCUGAUGUGUAAUACCAAAGAAAGCGACACUUCCUGGUUCCCAAAGUGUGUUCGAGAAGCAUGUGAUUGGUUGAUGUAUAAGUGGUACGUUUUGCACUAAUCAAGUCGUACGAAUUUGUCACCUCGUUGUAUUGUAACGAAUUCUCAUGAGACUGUGUUGAUUAAUACUUAUACUUAAUAUACAAUAAUAAAACUAGACAACACCAUAUUUUUUAUAACUGAAUCUAAAUAUAGUGGUAAAUAGCAGCAUUUAACGAAAUAUUUCGCUUUAAAAAAAGAAGACGAAGUCCUUUAGGGCUGUGCAGGGGCUCAAGUGAAUCAGUGAAUCAUUUAUGUGAGCUAGUUCAUUUGCAUGAACCAUCCAAACGAACCGUUGUAUUUCAGCACUCCCAACGCUAAAUAUAAGGGAAUCGUUUAUUGUAACCGGUUCAUUUACAUGAACUGUUUGAAAUAACCGAUUCACUUAAAUGAUUUGGUUUACCCAGUGCUACAUGAGAGAGAUAAGAGUGUUCAGGUGAGCGUGUUUGAUUACUCCCUCGACUCCACUGCUGCAUUCACAGUACAAUGUGACAAAUGUAGCAUUUUGUGACGCUUCAGUGCUACUCGUUGGAAAAUUUAGCUAGUUACUGGAAAAGCUACCGAACACUACUGAAAAAUGUAGUUAAGUUAGUAGCGUCGCUACCUUUAGUUAGCUACUCCCCAACAACUUGUGUGCUCUGUAGUUUUAUGCUUAUGAAUGGUAUCACACUGUUAACUUAGCAACAUGCUAACUCUAUUGGUGCUUUGCGUGAGGAGCCCUAUUUAUGUCACGCUCAAAGUUGUCGCCUAUGUAGCGCGUUGCAAACUAGUCGCUCAGGUUCCAUUUCAGUUAUGAUACUACCUUGGAAGUAAGCUGCCUAUGAAGGCAUUAGACGGCAAGGCAGCUCACUAGGUUUUGGAGCAGCACCCUUUUCUGAGCAAGGUAGCUACUUUCUCUGCAUAGACCUCAUGUAUACUGUAACUAUAAUCAUGGGGUAAAUUUCAAAAAUGUUAUUUAAAAAAAAUUGCUGAGGUUAUGUUUAGCUUUUUGAACAAGUAAUAAGUUGUAUCAUCUAUCUUGAAUGUAUCAUAGACAAGCUGCUAUAUAUUGAUUGCCACUUCAGAUAGCUGUGAAAUUAGGUUAGACUAGUUCAUAUCUGCAAUCUUGUUUAUUUGUAUGGGUCUGUCUGAUUGUCUAAACUAGAAGUGGUCUUUGAUUUUCAGUUAUUUUUGCUCGUUUGGAGUGCCAUUUGUAACUACUGUAUUGCUGAUUAUGGACAUUUAGAUUUUCUUUUUAAAUCAGUAUUGUAUCUUCAGUAACAGUUCUGACUUAUCACUGCAUUUUAAUGGAUGUAUCGUUGUAACUUAAUUUUUGUAUGUUAACCUGUUUACCUAUGUUUUGACUUGUAAUAGUUUGCAGGCUUGAUUCUUAUCAAAGUAAUGAUUGUUAUUCAGAAAACCAUUUCUGCUGUAUUUUAGAAAUACAGAUAAUGAAAAUAUCAGUAUUUUGUCAACUGCAAAUUUGAAUGAAUUGAUAAUCCCAUAACCUAAUGCCACUGAGCACGUAAAACAAAAACAAUAGUGUGCAGUAACCAUGUGACCAUGUUUGAAUACGAGAGUACAGUGUUGUGAUGAAAUUGUUCAACAAAAUUAUUUUAUUAAUGUUUGUCAUUGAAAAUUGUGUUGAGAACAUGUUUUUAACAAAUGAUCACUGAUGUCAGCUGGUAUGUUAUGUCUUAAGUUCUGUAUUGUAUUUGAUUCGAACAGUGUAAGCAACACUGUGUGUGUGCCUUGAUUGAGGUAUUGGUAAUGAAACAGAUUCACUUUGCAAAACAAAAACUAUUCAGUUCACUCAUUGCCCAGUAUAACAGUAUAACUCUCCAUUUCAGGGAUUGAAAUAGUUAUAUACAUACGGUAUACAUCCACAUUUUAAAGAGAUAAUGGCAAUAUCUUUCCCCCUCUCACACUAUGGAUUGCAUUCAAAAGCCUAGUUAAUUAAUAAUGUGUAUAAUCAAUAUUAACUUGCUAAUUCUAAACACGCAGUAAUUGUGUUUUACUGUAUUGGUGUAAACAUAUUUUGAUAAUUCCAAUCCUAAAGGACAGAAUGUAGUAUGUUGUGCCCUAUAGGACAAGUUGCUGAACACUUCUUAGUUAUUUAUUGGUUAUACAUGAGCCAGCCGUUACAAUAAUGUUCACGUUUUAAUCCCUGUGAAAUGGCAAUCACCAGCAUACCACAUCCAGUGUCAAUAUACAAAUGACUGUAAUGCAAACCAACAUUGGAUAUUUAUUGUCUGUUCAUAUUUUAAAUGAAAUGGAUGUUUUCUGUUCAACUCUUUUCUAAUAACAGCAUUCAAUAAAUAUGAACAUCACUGUU